AUGAGGUGGGAAUGUCCUCCAAGUGGACGACUGAAAAUAAAUAUUGAUGGCUCGUUUUUGGCGUCUAACGGAUGUGGAGGUGUGGGUGUGAUUGUUAGAGAUGAGACAGGUUUGGGAAUUGCAACAUUAUCAAGGCCGGUUGAGCAUGCGCACUCCGUGUUAAAUAUGGAGGUUGAAGCGUGCAGAGUCGGUCUCCUACUUGGUACCCACCAAUGUUGGACUAACAUUGAUAUUAAGAGCGAUUUUAUCUUACUUGUGGCUGCCCUAGGGAGGGAGGAGGAGGAUUUGUCAGAGGUGGGUCGGGUUUUAUGUGAUUGUAAAGACUACAUGAAGGCUUUUCAGUCUAUUACAAUUCAACAUGUCAGUCGUGAAGCAAAUGGUGUAGCAAAUAGGCUAGCACACCUGGUUCGUAUGGGGGUUCUAGAUGAUAUUUGGUUAGAGGAAACUCUUGCUAUUAUUCAGGACGUUCUUUAUGAGGAUAUUAAUCAUUUAAAUAUUGUAGCACGGGGUUUAGGCUCUAUGUUGAAAUUUAGACUCCCCUAA